AUGAGCGGCGUUACGGAGCUUGAUCUCAACUUCCGUCAUUACUCUACUGUAUACUAUAUCGGUUUUCUUGAAGCUUCUGUCCCCUAUAAGCCCUUUAACUUGCCUCAAUGCCUCUUUAGCUGCGAUUCUUUAAUCCAUCUGAAUUUGGCUCUCUGCGAUUUCAACUGUCCAUUGAAUUUCAAUGGUUUACAAGCUCUGAAAACGCUCCAUCUUCGACGGGUUCAUCUGAAUUGCCUGCUUCUUGAGGAAUCGAAUUUAAGGGAGUGUUUCAGUCUGGACUACAUCAAGGUUUCUGGUCCCAAUCUGCGGCUUAAGAGUUCGAUCGUAGUAGCUCGUGGGUCCCCUAAGAUUGAGAUUUCUGCUCCAAAUCUCCAAUCAUUUGAUUACUGUGGUGCUCUUUUCUAUGGACCUUCAUUCGCAAACUUUUCACAGUUGGUGGAUGUGAUUUUAAAUUCAAGAGGCUAUCAACACAAGGAACCAGAGCAUGAUUAUAUACAGAUUUUGAAAGACCUGGCUCAUGUUAAGGUUCUAACCGUAUGCGACGAGCCUCUUAAGCAGAUAGGAAUGUCGUCUAAAGAGAAAUAUUACACAUGGGAAGAUUUACCGAUCACCUUCGACAAUCUGCAAGAGUUGCAGCUGAUGCUAACAUCGACUAGCAAUAAAUCUCUCUCCGACCUCUAUGCCUUCUUUGCAAACUGUUUUUUCCUUCUUUGGAGAAACUUUUCAUUCAUGUAGGUUUUCAUAAUCCUCCUGUUAGAUUUCAAUUACCACUUCUUUCAAAAGCAGCCCAUGAAUUCAAAGUGGCCCGACUAGUACAGGGUCGUUCAUUAAGUGGUGACGAGUGGAGAGGUAUGAUGUAUGGGCAAGGGACUUGUAUGAUGAAAUGCACGACUGGAAAAGCAGGGACAUGAGCCCUUCUUAAUAAGCUGCCCUGACCUUUUGGCCUAUGGCACAUUCUCCAUGGAGCCCGCCCGAGGAAAUGCCCACACGUCACUCACCCGUGCCACUUUGGCAGCCAUGGGGCUUUUGUAUUCGAGAGUAGCAUGCUGUCACAGACAAGACAUUUUUAUAAGAGGCAAGAAAACUUGUGUUGAGCUGAUUAGAAAU